AUGAUGAAGGACACCGUGAGGCAGCUGCAGGAGCUCUGCCAGGCCCUCGGCGACCAGCUCCCAGCGGACAGCAUGGAGACUACCCGCGGCAGCGGCAAGAUGUUCCUGUUGAAGGCUCAGGACCCCCUGAAGCACGACCUGGUCUUCCGCUCCCUGACAGAGAACGAGCAGGCGUAUGCACGUGGGCAGCGGGACGCCCCGGUCGAGCACAGUUUGCUCGUGCCCUUGUUGUCGUUCUACGAGCACGGGGACGAGGUGUGGGCGGUGAUGCCCAGCACGAAGAUGAACGUGGGUUCCGUUGGAAUCGAGCACAAGAGCUACGACAUCGUGGGCUUGCCGAACGAUCCGCGGAACAAGGACUGGCUCGGCGGCUGCCUCAGAGGGUGCCUGGCGAUCA